AUGAUACAGCAAUUAUUCAGUGACGGAAAUUUGCAAUCGUCGGACGCAUCAACGCAUUGGGUUGUGACCGAAAAUGGAAAAAUUCAAGCACAAAUUGAUUCAGUAUUUUCAUUAAGGCGACCUUAUGAUCUUGUUGCUUUAAUGCAACAAGAACAAAGGGCCAUUUUGGUUGAAGAACUUAAGCAACAACUAAUGAUGCAGAAAGAGGAAAUAGAUCUUCAUGAAGAUAAAGAAACAAAUUUGGAAGGAAAGAUGUAUUCUAUGGAUGAAGAUUGUCUUGCUGCUGGUAAACCAUUAACAGAUAUAGAUCUUUAUGUUAGCACUAUUGUGCCAUUUGAUUAUAAAGGAUUAAAUGGUAAUAAUUAUCUUGGAAAUUCAGAUCCUUCCCAUAAUCUACUUAAGCCAAACUGCUCUGGCAUUAUCGAAUUGCCUUUCAGUAUGCAUGCAUUUGAACAUUUAAUGAAUCAUACAUCUUGGAUUUUAUUCAACAUGGCCGCUUAUUAUUGGAGGGUUCAUGGUGAUGCAGAUAAUGCUAUUGAAUGUGUUCGAAGAGCCUUACAUUUUUCACCCAGAGAACAUAAAGACGUUGCAUUGAUAAGUUUGGGAAACAUACUUCAUCACGCACAUCAGACUGAAGAAGCAGCCAUUGUUGUUCAUGCAGCAAUUGAUAUAGCUCCAGAUAAUGCCAUUUGUCACUUUACAUUGGGGAAUAUUUAUGCUGUUCUAACAGAUUAUAAUAAAUCAAGAAUAUGUUUUGAAAACACGUUGAAAGUUCAACCUGAUUUUAAAAAUGCUGAACAACGUCUUCAUGCUGUUUUGUGUCACAAUAAAUUAGAAAAGGCUUUAGAAGCACAACAUAACUCGUUACAACGGACUUUAUCGGAAUUACGUGAGUAUCAGAAACAGCAUGAGUUUUGGUUGAGGCAACACGAAAAAUUAUUAAACGAACAAGCUCCGCCUGAAGUUAAAUUAGAACAGCGGUUGGAAUAUGAAGAACAAAAGAUAAGAGAAAGCUUGGAUGGAAGAGGACAAGAUUGUUUUCAAUUUGAACAAAAUGGGCACACGGUGCUGAGUUGCAACAUGAGAAGAGAGACAUAUCACCAAGGUUCGCAGGCGCAACUGGAUUUGAGUUUAAACCUCCAGUUAAUACAAGCAGUGGAAUCUAGAGCCGGUCGUUUGGGACAGAAAAUGGCCACUAAAGUGUCAGAACAUUGUCAAAAAUCUUAAAAUUAUUUUUCCGUGCGAAUUAAUACAAAAGAAGUGUGGCUAGACCAGCCGUAAUUGCCUUUUAUAUGUUUUGUGGAUUUUACAGAAAAAACAAAGAACAUUGUAGAGAGAGUUUAUUUUCGAAAUAUUUUCGUAAAGUAUUUCUUCCAUAAUUGUUAGCCUGUUAAAUGAUAUUCGUGUUGAAAAUAAUGAUCUAAAUGAAGCACAGAUUUCUGCUUGUAACCCACUUGCACUUUGAUUUGAAUAAUAAAAGCCUUGAUUGAAACUCA